AGCCUUCACUCUCAUCUUUUCCUAUUCCAUUCUCUUUGGUCUUUCAGAAACAUGCGUGAAGUCAUCUCCGUACACGUUGGCCAGGCUGGUCUCCAGAUUGGUAACGCUUGCUGGGAGUUGUACACUGUCGAGCACGGUCUCAGCCCUGACGGUCGUCUCAGCGAUGGCGCCGUCGCCAACGAUGAUGGCUUCAGCACUUUCUUCUCCGAGACGUCCUCGGGCAAGCAUGUGCCACGCUCUCUAUACGUGGAUCUGGAACCCAAUGUCAUUGAUGAGGUCAAGACUGGCACAUACAGGAGUUUAUUCCACCCUGAGACUCUGAUCAAUGGCAAGGAGGACGCUGCGAGCAACUAUGCUCGUGGACAUUAUACCAUUGGCAAAGAGAUGAUUGAUAUCGUAAUGGACCGAGUGCGCCGCCUCGCGGACAACUGCUCUGGUCUCCAGGGCUUCUUUGUAUUCCACUCCUUUGGCGGUGGAACUGGUUCCGGAUUUGGUGCCUUGAUUUUGGAGCGCCUAUCCACGGACUAUGGCAAGAAGUCGAAGUUGGAGUUCAGCGUGUAUCCCGCCCCAACGCUGGCGAACUCCGUCGUUGAACCAUACAAUUCAGUUCUGACUACGCAUACGACUUUGGAGCACUCCGACUGCUCUUUCAUGGUUGACAAUGAAGCUAUUUACGACAUUUGCAAGAAGAACUUGGGUAUCUCUUCUCCCGGAUUGACCAACUUGAACAGGCUGAUCGCACAAGUCGUCUCUUCAAUCACCGCGUCUUUGCGUUUCGACGGAUCCCUCAACGUUGAUUUGAACGAAUUCCAGACCAACUUGGUUCCGUUCCCCCGUAUUCACUUCCCCCUUGCCACUUUCGCUCCAAUCAUCUCCGCCGAAAAAGCGCACCAUGAACAGAACUCGGUUGCUGAUAUGACGUUCUCUUGUUUCGAAACCGGCAACCAGAUGGUCAAGUGCGACCCCAGGGAAGGGAAAUACAUGGCCUGUGCCCUCCUUUACCGUGGAGACGUCGUUCCCAAAGAUGUCAACGCUGCUGUGGCUAUCAUCAAGACCAAGCGCACCAUCCAAUUUGUCGACUGGUGCCCAACCGGCUUCAAGCUUGGUAUCUGCAAUGAGCCUCCCGCACACGUUCCAGGCGGUGAUCUCGCCAAGGUGACACGCAGUAUGUGCAUGCUUUCAAACACGACUGCUAUUUCGUCGGCCUGGAGCCGCCUCGACCACAAGUUUGACCUCUUGUACUCGAAACGGGCGUUCGUCCACUGGUACGUUGGUGAAGGUAUGGAGGAGGGCGAGUUCUCCGAGGCCCGGGAGGACCUGGCUGCUCUUGAAAAAGACUACGAGGAGGUUGGUAUUGACUCGGCCGACAUGGAAGAGGCCGGCGAAUAUUAGACCUGGUUGUAUGCAUUUUUUUCACGAUUGCGAUGGCAGCUUAGUUGAC